AUGACCAAAUUCGACCAGGCCAAAGCGUACGCGCCCCAGGAAGAGGGGACGGGGUUUUUUGACGACGGGCGCGAGAUUGAGCUCCUCCACUUUGUGUACUCCCACCCUGACCUCGAAAAUAUCCGUGGUUCCCCGGAGAAGGUGCUGCAGGCGAUUGACGAGUAUGGCCGGACGAAGCGAUAUUUGAUGAAUGUAGGCGAGGACAAAGGGCGGAUCGUCUGCGAUCUGAUCGCAGAAGUCAAGCCCAAGGUCAUGGUCGAGCUCGGUGGCUACGUUGGUUACUCCUGCGUGCUGUUUGGCAAUGCGGUCCGCAAAGCAGGCGGCCAGCGCUACUACAGCCUGGAAAUGAACCCGGAGUUCGCGGCGGUGAUCAUGUCCCUAGUCGAACUGGCUGGUCUGUCGGAUGUGGUGAAGGUGGUCGUCGGCUCGAGCGAUGCCUCUAUCGCGCGCCUGCACAGCCAAGGUCUGCUCACGCACAUUGACCUGAUGUUUCUGGACCACUACAAACCGGCCUACACGACGGAUCUCAAGCUGUGCGAGGAGCUGAAGCUCGUCACUCCUGGCUCUGUUCUGGCGGCUGACAACGUGAUCAAGCCCGGAAAUCCACCGUACCUCGAGUACGUCAGAGACAGCGUGGAGGAGAAACGAAAGAAGCUGGGUGCGUCCGUCAAGAGCGAGGGCAUUCCAGGCAAGACGGUGAAUCAAUACCAGAAGCGAUACGGGGAGAUGAAAUUCAACCAGAGCCCUGGCAAUCCGAAUCUGGUGUAUGAGAGCCAGCUGGUGCACAGUUUUGAGCCCACUGGUGUGCCGAAGAACAUCCUUCUCAUUCUCCUUAGCAUUCUCUGUCUUCCUGCAUCUGCAUUACUCACUACUAUCUCGUUUCUUUACAUCUACUUUUUGAAACAUGAAUCAACGCGAUCUCACACUUCCGCCCGCAAAACGAUCCUGGUGACGGGUGUGUCUAUGACCAAAGGUCUGACGAUCGCCCGCCUUCUCGCGCAACACACCCCCCACCGCAUCGUCGCCGCCGACACUGAGCCCAUCCCCUUCACCUCCCCCGGCCGCUACUCUCGUUCCAUCGCUCAAUUCCACCGUCUGGCUUCCCCGCAGGGCACCAACCCAAAGCCAUACGUCGAUGCCCUGCUAGAUCUCAUCCGCGCGGAGAACGUGCAUCUAUGGAUCAGCUGCAGCAGCGUGGUAGGAGCCGUCGAGGAUGGCGAGGUGAUGCGAUCGGUGCGGAGGGAGAGGGGGAAGCGGUUCAACGCAGUGCAGUUUGACAGCGACGUCGUUGGCAAGCUGCAUGAGAAGGAUGCCUUCAUCGAGUAUAUCCAGAGCGUGGGACUAUUAGUGCCGGAAUCACAUCGCUGCACAUCCGUUGCACAGGAAACCGAGAAGAAGUUCACAGAACCACCCCAAAAAUUCAUACUUAAACCGAUCGGCGUCGACGACAAGGCGCGCAGUCAAAUGAUGACUCUGCUGCCCUUGGCCGCGGGACCAAACUCCACCUCCGCCUACCUGUCGACGCUGGAUAUCUCCCCCAGCAACCCCUACAUUCUCCAACAAUACAUCACUGGCCCGGAGUACUGCACUCACUCGCUCGUCGUGCGCGGGCAGGUCAAAGCGUUCGUCGCCUGUCCGUCUUCCGACCUCCUGAUGCACUACGCCGCUCUUCCCGCAGACUCGGCUCUGAGCACCAAGAUGCUCGAGUUCACGCAACGUGUGGCCGAGGACGGCGGCGAGGACUUUACAGGCCACUUGAGUUUCGACUUCCUGGUUGAAGGCCAGGGCCAUGACGCGAAAUUGUACCCGAUCGAGUGUAAUCCACGGGCGCAUACGGCGGUCGUCCUUUUCAAGGACACCCCCGCCAUGGCGGAAGCAUAUCUCUCGUGCUUCGACUCGGAGCUAUCAAUGCGGAAGCCCCUCGUAGUGCCCACCAAGCCGACGCAGCGCUGCUACUGGAUUGGACAUGACCUUGUCACUUUACUUCUCAUUCCGAUCCUUACGCUUCUUGCUGGGGAAGGAAGCGUGGAAGAGGCCAAGCGCGGGAUUGAGACGCUGUGGCAUCAUCUCGUGCACUGGCGGGAUGGAACCUUCGCGUUGUGGGAUCCGAUGCCGUUCUUCGUGCUGUAUCAUGUGUACUGGCCGAGUCGCUUUGUGGAGAGUUUGAUCCGCGGGCAAGAGUGGAGUCGCAUCAAUGUUAGCACGACCAAGAUGUUUGCUUGUUGA